UUCGAGCCACUUUUUAGCUUUUGCAGUAGCGUAUUUUAAUUUUAUUUUGUUAUUCUUUGGUUUGAUCAUGGUAAAUAAUAUGUAUGUAGGCGUAAUAGUAGUUUUAUUGAUUGAAUAGAUUGUUUCUAAGUGCACUUCCAGUGUUAUAUAAACUAGAGCUAAUAGUGUCGGCAGUCCCGAUGUGUAUAACUACAUAGUACGUCAGUGAACGAAUGGUUACUGAAAGAUAAUGGAUGUGGAUGCUCCUAACAUAUUGAAAAGGUGCAGCAGCGCACCUUUGAUCAAUGAGGUGUCGUCUACGGCGGCUACUUCGCCUACGACCAACACUGCUCCCAGGAGCACGUUGUUCAACAUGUUCAGCAACAACAUAUCGCGCACGCGCCGCUACAGCGGCUCCUUUAGCCCCCUCGCCGCGCCCGUCAGCCUCUCUAAUUCGUGGGGUCCCCGAUUGACGCCGCGCGUUAGCCAGCUGCGCGCGGAGGAGUGCGAGGCGGUGACGAACACGCGCGAGGUGGCGCACGAGAGGGAGGUCCACUCCGCCAUGCAGAUGGGGCAGUCCUGCGAGGACCUCACCCUGGUGGCGCCCAACGCGCCCAACGCCGGCCUGCCGCACUCUCCCACUAGGAUACACAGAGCAUUCUCACCAGUAGUGUCCCCGUCGCCGACGCGGAAGUACACGACCAAAGGUCGCAGCCUGUCCCCGAUCGCGAUCCGCGCGUCCAGCUUCAGCCCCGUGGGGCGCGCGACGGCGCUGCCUGCGGGCAAGCGACGCUGCGACGAGGCCGACUCCCCGCUGAGCAAGCGGCUGUGUCCGGAGCGCCGCACGCCCUCCGCCCCCGGCACCCCCGGCACCCCCCGCACCCCCGGCACUCCCGACUCCGACUCCCUCGACUGCACCUUCAGGCCCGUCUCCCCCCGCGCGCAACCCAUGAUCGAAACCGACAACCCCCAAGAGAACCACAAAUCCCCCAACCCUAGCUAAUAGUAAUCUCCCGAUGGACGCAUCGUCCGGGAGUUUUUCGAUUUGCGGUCGUGAAGCCAGAAAAUUGCCUCAAAAUUUUAGUUUUUCGAGCUUUACGCGAUUUUGGCGUGCAAUAAAAUUCCUGGGACGUCCCUUCCGAGUCAGAAGUGGACCGUAUCGUAAUUCACUUAGGGUUCAUUGUUGCAUGCGUUUGUUCCGGUUUGCCUAAAUCGACGUUCCUAUUAUGAACUAGUGCGAUGUUAGUUAAGGAUGACCAUGCGAUGAUCCCUGUUAAUAGCCAAAGCAUUCAAACUUUAUUGUAAAUAUUAGUGCGUUGUUAUACUGAACGCGUUUGUAUUGUAUAUAAUUUAUAUUGUUAAGGUAUUGUAGCCAUAGCGUGUAGAUAUGAAACACGCAAAUGUUUACACACGUAGGUGUUUGUGCAUACAGGAUUUUCAGAAAAUGUUUCGAAUUUAUUGUUUUUGCUAUUAGAGUGAUAGGAAUAAGUAGAGUUUAUUUGAAAAAAUAUUUCUAGAUGUUUUUGUUGCCGAUCUAUAAUCGACUAUGGAUAAUUGAGUAUCGAUAUUUCGAAAUCGAUAUCGAUAGUAUAGUAAAGUUAAUGAAGAACAAUCUAUCGGUAGUAUCAAUUGUUUCCGACUAAUAAUAGAUAAGACUAAUAGAUUGUAAACAAUAGAUUAUUCAAACUUCUAGAUAUUUGUAGGUCCUUGUGUUUAUCGAUAUUAUACAUUGAAUAAUCAACUAGUUCAUCAUUCGUGUUGGGAAAAGCAUACUCAAUGCAAAUGUUAGUCAUUCAUGUAUCAAUUUAAAGUACUGGCUGUUUUAAAAAUGGUUUGCGGUUAUAUCGCGGGAUAUAUUCUAUUAGGUACUAAUUAGUAACUGUAAAAUAUUUUGGGGGGAAAAGUGUCCUAAGUACUAUGACCGGUUACAUUUUGUCCGUGUACCAAAUUUCAUUUAUCCUUAGCGUAUCGAUGCCAUUUCAAUGAUAUAUUUAAAUUUUCCCUGAAAAGUGUUCUGUCGUUUUUAACGUGUUAUCGGUGACUGGACAUCAAGGAACUACUCAUAUGUGCUAACUGGAAUGGUUACGAAUCACAAAUGUCAAAAUAAUGUCAUUGUAAAUUAGACCUAUUUGCUUUGUUAUAAAGAUCACAUUUCCACAAUGUCAGCAUGCCAAUACAUAAAUUUGUAGCCAUCCCUUUCUGGCAAACUGUCAUUGUCAUAUGCAAGUAUUAAAUGUCUACAAAUUUUAGACCCAAGUUUAGGGACGGCUUUGCUUAUUCGUAAGCUUUCUGGUUUAGCAUUAUAAAUUCUUUGGCUGCCAUCAAGUCAUCCUUGGUGCAGGUGUUAGGGCACAGGGACAGGCACAGGUGCUUCAUUUUUUGGGCAUAGACUCCGCACUUUUUUGUUAGAUAUAAACCCCCAAUUAAUGAGGGUGACCUUACAUUGACCCACUUGGGUUCGCAACCUAUUGACCGUCUCCAAGUGAGUCAGGGCAGAUCUUGAGCAGGAGGAGCUCCUCUCCUGGUGAGAUAAAGUUAGCUACAGCAUUCUCUCGCCCAGAGUUGGGACUUUGACGCUACAGUCUAAUGCUUCAACAUUUCAUUCAUUUGUUUUACACGACAGUUGAAAGUUACUCUGUUAUGUCUUCUUUAUUUAUAUAUAUUUUAUAUACUUUCAUCCAAAUUGGUUCAGUCGAUUUCGCAUAUAUCGUUUUAAUAACUAUUUAUACACAUAGCAUCAUGUAUAUUCAUUGUUUGUACUCUACCUAUUCCGAUCACUUAUUAUCUAAAACCCAUUAACCUAUCCAGGUUUACAUGGUCGUGUGUAAUGUUCUCGAUGAAGCUAAGAACUAUUUCAUUGAACAGAUCAUUGAAUCAUUCAUGUAAACCUACCAUUAUUGAUAUUAAUUAACCCAUCACAUCAUAGUGCCACAACUAAAGUCCAUUAUGGCCCACGUAUUUCAGUUCUAUAUUUAACUAAGUUAUUUUGUUUUAUCCGAUAUUUAGAUUCGUGUCUGGUUCCUACCUGAAUCGGCACCAAAUGGUGCAUUACUGUAAUAUCCUAAGUAACCAUAUAUGCAGAAAACAGGCAAUGUGAUUAAAGUAGGACCAAUUUUAAUAGAUCAAAUUUGACCAUUUGACAUCUGUCAGCCUUUAGAUAGAACUGUCAAUUUUUUUUUCUUUUGUUAGUAUUAUUAAGUUUUUCUAGUUCUGAUUUUGGAGGUUACAUUUAUGAGUUAUGACGAAGUGUCAAAUGUGAGUUAUUAAAUUGGUCCUAAUGUAAUAUAAUGAUUUUGAUACUGUUACCCCUCGUUCGCACGAGUGUAAUUUCAACGCGCUUUAUGCCUUGGAAAAAACAUAAGUGUAGGUAUUAGUAGCCGUUUCCGGCAACGUUUUUUCAUCGCUUAUGAUAAGUUCAAGCUCACCAUAUUGCUAAAUGUGGGCUUCGAGUUUCGGCAACUCUUGGCUUACCGUGUAGGGCAUAAAGAAGGUCUUUGUUCCCACUAGUUCUACUUAGCUGUAUAUUAGCUUAACAUAGGGAAGUAGAACUAAUGAGAACAACCUUCUGAAUUGGAUGUGCGUUGUAUGGUACGCUUAAUAAAUGUUGAACGUCACUUUGUCGAAAGCGAUAACAUGAAAAUGCGUAAAGUUCCGGAGCUUUUUAUACGCAUGUGCGAAUGAGGGCUUGGAUUACCCAUUAAAUAUUAUAUAACUAGGUACUUCUCCUGGCAUAUAUGCCAUAUCCUUGUUCAGGAGUGUUUAUAUGGAAAUGUAUUUUAAAGUGAUUGAUAACGUUUCUUUUAAGGCUAACGCGAUUGAAUUCGCCGCUUGGGGCGCUGGUGUAGAGAAAGGUCCAUUGGUGUUUAAGGCAAUUUUGAAGGUUUAUGUUGUGUGUGGGCUAGUAAGUCCUGGACGAUAUUAUAUCAUGCUAUCCCCAGUACUACACACUGUCGCCGAACUCGGAUAAAUGCUGACGCGAAUGCAUGAGCAUUGUGUAGUUCAUAAGAGAGCUUUUAUUUACCUCAAUGUAUAGCCGGCAUUAUAUAACGUAGGGGCUCCAAAGGUUGUAUGAUGGGCAUAGUAACAAGACAACACAGUGGCGUCAUCUAGUGAGUGAAAACAUACUGCACAGCUUUGAAGGAUUUCAAGAAAAUCCAUUCAAGCAGUUGUUUCCUAUAUUAUAUAUUACGAUUAUUUAUUAAUAUCAUAAAGCAUUGUGUUCAUUAUGUCACGAAAAAUAUGUAAGAAAUUAAUUUGUUGUCGCUUCAUUUGGUAAUAUCGAGAAAUGUCUGAUUCUAGAAACUACAGAUUUAGUCAUAAUCCUGUUUUGUUAAAUUUUUGUGCUUGUGUCACAACCUUACAAAUAUUGGCAUUUUUAUAUAAAGCUUGCAAUCUGGAGUUUUAUACACGCUGCCUUUUCCAGAAUCUGGCAAUUGUCGACGAUACCAUUUAUUUGUUAAAUUUGUGCACUUUCUCUUGUUUCGGGUACUGGACUCGUAAUUGAUUGAUUCUACCAUUCAAUGUCACAACUGACCCUCUUAGUCAUGAAGUUACAGCCUACUUUACGUUAAAAUGUUUUGUCUCGUACUGACAACGUCAAAUAUUGUAAAAAGCGAUGGGGACAAUGUUAACAUAAAGUAGGUUGUUAUUUUUUUUAAGUAGGUAUGUUUGUUAUGAGUGUAUUGACUUCCUAUCAAAGUCUACCUGCAACCUGCAAGUUACAUUUGCGCCAGACUUUUAAAAAGGAAUAAACUGGGAAAAUAUUAGGCAAAAACUCAAUGUGCAUGCACAUUUUUUGACAUCUGAUGAGGAUAUAUUAAUAUUUAAAACAUAUUCAGUGUUACAAUGACAUUUAGAGUCAACUUAUAACGUAGAUCUGAUCGAUACAAUUUUCAAAAAUGCCUUGUUUUAGGAGAUAGCGAAAUACAGUUAUACAGAAUGUAAGGUGCGUUAUCUAGUAAAAAAAUAAUUUUCUAUGGUUUUGGACUCUACGUAAGAUACAAAAUACAAAAUGAAGGGACACUAAAUCCACAACUAGAAGCAUAUAUGAAGAUAGCAAGUAAUACUUCAUGUAUUAGAUAUGUUAUAUAUAGCCUACUAUGUACCUAUUUCUGUAAGUAGGUAUGUUUUGUACAUUUUAUAAUACCGAGGAGUACCAGACUCCUCUAGUACCAUUUUGUUGUCGUGAUGUGAUUAAAUCACAACACAAAUGCUUUGUUUUGAUUGUUCUGAAAUGCCCAUGUUUAUAUAUGUAGACCAUUUCAUUAUUUGUAGAUUGUUUGUAUCAAACAAGAUUAAAUAACCAAUUAUAACGAC